AUGAUAUCUACGAAACAGAAAACAUAUGCACCUAAUCAAGGCUCAAACCUGAACCCACAUCUCAAGGCUGCCAUUUUCUACCUUGUUUUGUGCUUUGGCCCCAUCGCAACGAACGUCAUUUUAUGGGUCCUCUUGAAAACUGGCGUGCACGUGGAAAAUAUGACAAACCUUCUGCCUGAAUCUGGCUGUGUCGUGGACCCGUUGAUAAUCCUCUCGGCCCCCUCCUGGGCUCUAUGCUCAGGCCUAAUACUUAAAAGGCAAUGAAUGUAAGGCAACGGCGGUACGCAUCAAGUGGGAUUUUACAGCGGUCUAUUCGUGACUCUGAUGAGCCGCGAUCGCAUUUGGUCAUCGCGGCACGCCGCAGCACUGGACAAGAUACGCCACGGAAUUGUAAGUCUCCUUAUAUGGAUGGUCGCGCAUCCGCGCGCUCUUCCAGAGGCCAUCUUUGGCGUAAUGGUCAUAGAGGACAACGUCACCAGCUGUCAGAGAAUUUAUCCUUUUGGGUCAGCCCAGAAGUGGAAGCUGUUCCAGAAUCUGGUGAAACGCAGUAGGACUGUUCAUAUCUUGCUCAUUUUAGCCUACUGCUACAUCAGGGUCCUAUUUAUUGUGAAGAAGACAAAAAAUCCCGAAAGAAGGAACGUGCCAAAGCUCAUCUUAGGCAUCGCCAUUGCGUUUGUGGUCUUCUGGGUGCCCUACAACGUGGUGGUGGUGUUUCUGAAAACUCUGCAGGAGUUUGGCAUGCUAAGUACCUGCGAGGUUUAUCAUUAAGUCAGCAUGGCCAUGGACUUAACAGAGACCAUCGCCGAUCACUGCUGUGUAACCGUCAUUUAUGCUUUUUGUCGGGAAAAGUUUAGGAAAUGCCAGAGUGCAUUGAGAUAUCUUGGAUGCGUGAAGAUUUACCAAUCGAAGACCACGCAAUCCAAAGUUUCGGAGAACGAAACUUCCAACACGUUAUUUUUUACAUCUUCUAUCAAAAGCACGCAAGUUUAG